AAUCUCAACACGCGAUUCGACGUGAUUAGAUCGAUCUUUCUUUGAAAGAAAAAUUCAUUUUAGUUUAUCUAAAAGUUAAGGAAGUUUUUAACUUGUGAUUUUUAAUUUUUUAUUUUUUGAUAAGUAAGAAAAAUCAGUGAAAAUGCUAUGACAAUAAUGAAAAGACAGAAACUGCUUGAGUAUUCAGUACAAUCUAUGGAUACAACCGACGAGGAUAUCUUGAUGAGUGCAGCUCUACCCGGCUCAUCAAGUAGCGGCAGGAACAGCCAAUCGAAAGAUGAUCUCGGUGACAUGACUUUUUGCAUGAGCAAUUAUGCCAAAGAAGCGCUUAAGAUGAUGUACAUGAUGAGACAACACCACAUGCUUACGGAUUGCGUUCUGGAAGUUGAAAAUGAAUUGUUUCAUGUGCACAAAGUGGUAUUAUCAUCAGCUAGUCCGUAUUUUAAGGCAAUGUUUACCGGUGGAUUAAAGGAAUGUGAAAUGUCAAGAGUGAAGCUGCAAGGAGUUUGUCCCACGAGUAUGGCAAGAAUCAUUACUUUCAUGUACACAGGAAGAAUUCGUGUGACGGAAGUAACAGUUUGUCAACUGCUGCCAGCGGCGACAAUGUUUCAAGUACCUAAUGUGAUAGAAGCCUGUUGUGCCUUUCUCGAACGUCAACUCGAUCCCACAAAUGCGAUUGGCAUUGCAAACUUUGCUGAACAACACGGCUGUGCGAUCUUAAAACAAAAAGCAAAUCAAUUCAUUGAGCGACAUUUCACACAAAUUUGCCAGGAAGAAGAAUUUCUUCAGUUGUCAGCAAUUCAAUUGAUUAAUCUAAUAAGAAAAGAUGAGCUGAAUGUUCAAGAAGAGCGAGAAGUGUACAAUGCUGUCCUUAAAUGGGUGAAAUAUGAUGAAGAUAAUCGUUAUCCAAAGAUGGAACAUAUUCUAUAUGCUGUUCGUUGUCAAUUUUUAACGCCAAAAUUUUUAAAAGAACAAAUGAAAAACUGUGAUGUUCUUCGGAAAGUGCCAGCAUGUCGUGAGUACUUAGCGAAGAUCUUCAAAGAUUUAACGUUGCAUAAGCGGCCAAUUGUCAAAGAGCGGAAGCCAAAUACAACGCGAAUGAUUUUUGUUGCUGGUGGUUACUUUCAGCAUUCGUUAGAUAUUCUUGAAGGAUAUAACGUUGAUGAUCGUACAUGGACGACACUACCGAAACUUACAGUCCCGAGAUCGGGUUUAGGAGCAGCUUUUCUUAAAGGAACUUUCUAUGCCGUUGGUGGUCGAAAUAAUGCGCCUGGUGCAAGCUACGACUCAGAUUGGGUUGAUCGUUACGAUCCAUUAACGGAAAUUUGGCGGCCAUGUGCACCAAUGAGUGUACCAAGAAAUCGUGUUGGUGUAGCUGUGAUGGAUGAAUUUUUAUAUGCCGUUGGUGGAUCAUCUGGGACGGAAUAUCAUAACUCAGUUGAAUACUUCGAUCCAGAACAAGAUCGAUGGGUUCUCAUUGCAACAAUGAGAUCAAAACGUUUGGCUGUUGGUGUUGCUGUUGUUAAUCGAUUGCUUUAUGCGAUUGGUGGCUUUGAUGGCGAACAUCGACUGGCUUCAAUGGAAUGUUAUCAUCCUGAGAAUAAUGCGUGGACAGAUAUGCCGUCAAUGAAAUUUUCACGUUCCGGUGCUGGUGUUGCUGUGUUGAAUCAAUUUAUUUAUGUCGUUGGAGGUUUCGAUGGAUCGCGGCAAUUAUCAUCGGUUGAACGUUUCGACACUGAUCGUCAGACAUGGGAAACAGUAACUUCAAUGAAAACAUCGCGGAGCGCUUUAUCAGUGAAUGUUAUUGACGGAAAACUCUACGCUAUGGGUGGCUAUGAUGGAACACAUUUCCUUGCAAAUGUUGAAGUGUAUGAUCCAGUAAGGGAUGAGUGGGUAGAUGGAAUUCCAUUAACUUCAGGGAGAUCUGGUCUCGCGUCAGCUGUUAUUUAUCAGCCGUCGUGUCAUCAGAGUUACUCACAAGACUGCAUAACAAAUCUUUCAUCGAAUCGAGAAUAUGAUGAUGAUCGUAAGCCGCCGGACGGCCACGAUGAUGAGACUGACAUGAGUCCAGGCGCUAGUUCUUCUUAUUUUAAUUGUUCUUCAAAUUUCUUCAGUGGUGGUCCCGCAGCUGGUCAAUAUGAUGAGAUAGACUGCGAACUUAUCACGGAUAACCUUAGCAGUGAAAUGAUUCGACUAAUGAUUGAGAUGAAAAAGAAAUUCAAAGAUCGUUGUAAGAAUGAUGAGUUGAAGGAAGAUCAACAAUGUCAUUUACAACAGCAACUCAACGACAACAGCAUUAUAAAAAUGGCAAAAACUCACAUGAAAUGUGGCAAACAAAGGGGUUGUCCACUACAAGCACUCAAACGACGCUUCCAGCAUUUUAUAUUAAACAGAAAAAAGCAGAAACUCAAGGGAAAAGUUGUGCAAGCCGAUGAUAAUGACAAAGUGAUUGUUAAUGAGAGAAAUGAAAAAGAGAAAAACUACACAAAAGCCAUUUAAUUAUCAUAAUUGAAAGUGAAAUUAUCAUUCCAAAAAACAAUUUUUUUUUCAAAGCAUCCGUCGGGUGGAUUUUAUGUCAUCGCACUCAUCAUCAAAAAAAUUUUCAUUUCCUCCCUCGCUAAACUCGUUUUUGUAAAAUGAUGAAGAAAAAAAAUUAUUUUUUUUAGUAGUUUAAGGCGAUAAAGUUUUAUUAUUUAAAUUAAUGAGAGGAAAAUAAAUGCCAAAAAUUAUCUAAAAAGUUAAAA